CGUUAUGAAUUUACGCAGCCACCGUGCCUUUCAGACGUGCUCUUAGUGCUGUAGCUCAAUGCGUCUCUAAUACGCAAAACUAAACUAUUUGUCGACACGAAGAGGAUGGAUUCUCUGUCAAAACUGUGAAAGGGUUCUUUUGCAUAUGAAGGCUCACUGUCUCGUACUUUCGGAAAACGUGUUGUCUUACGAUGAGCUCGGAGAAGUAUAAGAAAAGUGAACAUGUAGCUUUUUACAGGCGGCACAAACAACAGCCCAAAGCACAGUACCAUGCCUCCCUAGAAAGCUUAGUGCUCUCAGAGAAAGGGGCCAGCUUGGAGCUGUUUGACACAGAGCUGCGUUUCCUAUUGGACGUGAGGGUCUGUCGGGAAAACACUUUGAGAAUCUCCGUUGACGAGUUCAAGAUUGGCCAGCCUCACUACAGAGUUAAAGAUGUCCUGGUUGGGGAGCCGGUUCAUGAACAGUUACGUGUGGAGAGUAGAAGUGCCGGUUCUGUGACCCUUACCUGGGCAGCGGGUCAGUACCAGGUCCGGAUCUAUGAGGCUCCGUUUCAUCUGGAGGUUCUGUGCGGGAAAGAGACGUUAGCCACACUGAAUCCCAAUGGCCAGUUGCUGUUUGAGUCCAAGUUUGAUAAAAGAAGGGAUGUCUCCAAAUUAGAUCAGUCUGGGGAUGAAUCGGGCCUUUGGAAGGAGACUUUUGGACAGUUCGUAGACGAGAAAUGCAAUGGUCCAACCUCUGUGGGUGUGGACUUCUGUUUCCAUGGUUUCAACCACGUGUACGGGAUUCCGGAACAUGCUGACAGACUCCGCCUUAAAGACACCAGUGAGGAUGAGCCGUACAGGCUGUAUAACCUGGAUGUAUUCGGCUACAGUACGGACAGUCGACUGGGCCUGUAUGGGUCCGUGCCCCUGCUGCUGGCCCAUAAGGUGGACAGGACCAUGGGACUCCUCUGGCUCAACGCCUCUGAGACCCUCGUAGAUGUGACCUACAGCCCCAAAGACAGCCAGGAAGAGGAGGCGGCCUCAGCCAAGAGGAGUAGAAUGCCCGUCCAGACAGACGUCCAAUGGAUGUCGGAGAGCGGCGUGAUUGACUGCUUCAUCCUCCUUGGCCCCGCCCCCGCUCAGGUCCUCUGUCAGUACGCCCAGUUAACAGGUUACCAGGCACUUCCCCCGCUUUUCUCCCUGGGCUACCACCAGUGCCGCUGGAACUACGACGACGAGGCGGACGUGAAGGCGGUGGACGCCGGCUUCGACCGCCACUCCAUCCCCUACGACGUCAUCUGGCUGGACAUCGAGCACACGGACGGCAAGCGCUACUUCACCUGGGACUCCGAGCACUUUCCCGACCCGGUCGCUCUGCAGCUGCACAUAGCUCAGAAGAAGAGGAAGAUGGUGGUCAUCAGUGACCCCCAUAUUAAGGUGGACCCUGAUUGGCCGUUCUACUGUGAGGCGAGGGAUCGUGGACAUUUUGUGUGUGCCGCAGGAAAAGGCGGAGGCAACUACAAAGGCGAUUGCUGGCCAGGUGAGUCCAGUUACCUAGACUUCACCUGUCCCCAGACAAGGUCCUGGUAUGCCAGAUGUUUUUCCCUGGACAAGUACAAAGGUUCGACAGAAUCUCUGUUUGUCUGGAUCGACAUGAACGAGCCUUCAGUUUUUGACGGCCCCGAGCAGACGAUGCCCAAAAAUGCACUGCAUCAUGGUGGCUGGGAACAUCGCGACCUGCACAACCUCUACGGAUUUUACCAGCAUAUGGCCACAGUGGACGGACUGGUGACCCGCUCGGAGGGAAAGGAGAGGCCCUUUGUCCUGUCACGAUCCUUCUUUGCAGGAUCCCAGAGAUUUGGUGCAAUAUGGACAGGAGACACAGAGGCCACGUGGGAUCACUUGAAGUUCUCCAUCCCGAUGCUGCUGUCCUUAAGUCUGGCAGGGAUCGCCUUUUGUGGAGCUGACGUGGGGGGUUUUGCCAAGGACCCAGAGCCGGAGCUGCUGGUCCGCUGGUACCAGGCGGGGGCCCUGCAGCCCUUCUUCAGGGGCCACGCGGACAAGAAGACCAAGCGCCGCGAGCCCUGGCUCUUCGGGGACGCCAACACGGCCCUCAUCCGCUCGGCCAUCCAGCAGCGCUACCGCCUCCUGCCCUACUGGUACACCCUCUUCCACCAGGCUCACACCCUCGCCCUGCCACCUAUCAGACCAUUGUGGGUGGAGUUCCCAGGAGAAGAGAGCACGUUCAGUGUGGACCAUGAGUACAUGAUCGGCAGUGCGCUGCUUGCGUGUCCUGUGACUGCUCCUGGAGUUUCAGAAGUCAUGGUCUUCCUCCCAGGUCGCAACGAGCUGUGGUAUGAUAUCGUCUCUGCUGAAACAUAUGAAGGAGAUAGAAACUUGAUGUACCCCCUGACACUGGAGAACGUGCCAGUGUUCCAGCGAGGUGGCUGGGUGGUGCCCAGGAGAGAUGGCUGUGGCUCCUGCUCCGCUGACUACGCUGCUCUGCCCCUGCUGCUCACCGUAGCCCUCGACUCCCAGGGCGGGGCCGAGGGGCUGCUGUAUGAGGAUGACGGCCACUCCUUUGACUACCGGGACAAGAGGAGCUACUCCCUCUCCAGGUUCCUCAUGAGGCCAGGAGCACUCACAUGCAGCCUUGUGAGUGAGGGCGCCCUCUUCCUGUCGGGCAGUGUAGUGCAGUCGGUGCACAUUCUGGGCAUGAGGAAACGUCCAACAGCAGUGACUGCUUAUGUCUCAGGUGUCCAAGUUCCGGUGGCGUUCCUGUAUGUGCGAGAGCGAGGCACGCUGACGCUGUCUGGCCUCAACCUGGGGGUGGGGAAGGACUGGGAAAUCAGGAUGCAGUGAAGGGAAUCACUUAGGGCUCGCUCGUGCUCAGCUUUCAGUGUUCAGGUACCAAUGUAGACUUUCUCGCAAACAAGUCAAACAAGUUCCGGUUUCAAGUAAAGCAGGGAAAACGACUACAUAGAAAAAAACUGGGAUGUAGGUUUAUGUCUGCACUACCAGCGUCAAAUGAAUUGAAUUGAAGGUGUCAUAUUUUCACAUGAAAAAGGUCCAUUACCAUAGAAACAAACAAACUUCAUUGUAGACCUCAGAAGCCGUUUCCACGUAGCAGGGUAUUUUUAAAUGUGGAUAUUUUUUUCUCCUGGUCACAUUGUUUUUGGCCUUCUGUUUCCACUUGGCAGAUUUUUAAAAUCCAGAUAUAAAAAAAUAGACUUUAAAAAUAUCUUAUUUAGGGGGAUAAAACGCAUUUGUUACAAUGGAGUAUUUGUUUUUAUCCACAUGUUGUGUUUACACCCAAACAGAAUAAAAAAUAGCAAGCUUUAAAAAUAGCAGGCUACGUGGAAACAGCACCUCAGUUUGAUGCAUUGCAUCAUUUUUUACACAUAAUGUACUGUACAUGUAUGCCACAUUGUGAUGUACAAGAUGAAGGAAAAAAACAUGUACUGUAUUUGUUUUAAAUGUUGAUAUUUGAGUUAAUGUUGAUGUCAUUUUACAUUACGUUGCAUUUUAGGAGAUCUUGUUAUCCUAAGUCAUUUUCUUUAGUAUACAAAUGUAAGAGGAUGUGCCAUGAAACCCAGUCCAGGGCUACGUGAAUUCAGAAGCUAAAAUCUAGUCAUCAAAGAAGCAAGAGUCCACACCAGUCCAAACUAUACAUUAUUUCAGGUUUUAAAAAAAAUAUACAAUCAUUAUCUUACCACAACUAGCAAUGUUAAGACUUUUAAAAAUUAAAUAUCAAUUAGUAGGCCUAUUACAAACCAGCUGGUUCUAAUGAAUCAUUCCAGAUCUAGAGUUUGGUUCUAAUUGGAAAUGUAUUACAGGUGAUUUAAUAAUCAGCUAUUGGACCUGACUAUGGGAAGUUUUGCUAAUUAAAUCAACAAUCAUCUAGAAUCAUAGUGAAGGAGUUAAUUUGUGCUAAUUAACUACAGUCCGCCUGAAUGGUAAAUGCCUGAACUAAUAGCCAUGUGCACAUGGGCACUUUUAAUCUGAUUAAAUGCAUAAAUCCAUUAGAUAUGCAUCAUGUAAACAGUUGAAUAGUGUCAUUACAUAUAAAUGGUUUAAAUAUGUAAACAUUUUUAUAUUAGGUGGUUUAGAAUGUCCAUAAACACCAAUUAAAUGAGGAAACUGCCCAUGUAAGCAGGCAAUUUAAACCGAUUAUAUUUAAUUUGUUUUAAACGGAUAGUGUCCGUGUAUUGUUUUAUUGCACUGUUUUUCUUUCUUUCUUUCGCUUCAGUAGCUACUCUUGACACCCUUUCUCAGGGUGAUGCACAAUGCUAGAACUUACUUACUAGAAUAAAAAACUGUAAACUAUGCAAGUCAAACAAAACUGUGAAUCAUGCAAGUCAAAUACAGAAGCUGACUUGUGAAACUGAUGCAUCUUCUGUUUUUGUGACAACCAAGUGCUAAAUGUCUUUUCACAAGCCAUUGUUGGCCAACAGCUGAAAAACAUACAAUGGAUUUAGGUAUUUAGAAAAAGAACGUGAAGGUGUCAGUGUAAUGAAUGUCUUUUUAAAAGGUGGACUUUUAAAAAAAAAGCUUAUGAGUAUGUCAGGUCAUCGACCUGUGACUCCUACUAUGUGUAAUAGCCAUAGGCUAUACCUAACAAAAGCUAACAAGAACUGAUGCAUCAACCCAAAUGUUUUAAGCAAUACGUUCCUCCCUCUUGUUCAGUCCGUGUUCAUGUGAGGCUCUUUAACAGGCCAAAAUUAAAUGUUUUUCACCAAAUAUAA